GAUCUGGAUUUAAUUGAAUGCAGAUUUCAGGAUGGCUCUUAUGGUAUUCACAUCAAUUUUAGGAAUAAUUCCACUUUUGGCAAUUGGACUCAACUUUUAUAGAUAUCAAAAUAGCGACCCAGAGUCACAAAUUCAAGAAGCGCAACAGCUACGGCGGCAAUAUGACUUUAUAGUAAUUGGCGGGGGAUCAGCCGGAGCCGUGGUUGCUUCACGACUUUCAGAAGUAAAAAAUUGGACUGUGUUACUGCUCGAGGCGGGUGGUGAUGAGACUGAAAUAUCUGACAUCCCUGCAUUGACAGGCUACCUCCAGCUGACCGAUAUGGAUUGGCAAUACAAAACCGAGCCUCCUGACAAUCGAGGCUAUUGUCAAGCAAUGGUUGGAAAUAGAUGUAAUUGGCCUCGGGGGAAAGUUCUCGGCGGGUCCAGUGUUCUCAAUGCAAUGGUAUAUGUUAGAGGUAACAAACGUGACUACGACGAAUGGGAAGCUCAGGGGAAUCCGGGGUGGGGAUAUAAAGAUAUUUUGAAAUAUUUCCUCAAAUCUGAGGACAUUCGGAAUCCUUAUUUAGCGCGAACUCCCUAUCAUGACACCGGUGGAUAUUUGACUGUACAGGAGUCUCCAUGGCGGUCCCCACUUUCCCUUGCAUUUCUCAAAGCCGGAAUGGAAAUGGGUUACGAACAUCGCGAUAUAAAUGGCGAAAAACAAUCAGGCUUUAUGUUGACGCAGUCCACCAUCCGUCGAGGUUCACGUUGCAGCACAGCUAAAGCCUUCUUACGUCCCAUUCGUCGACGCAAAAAUAUCGAUAUUGUCCUCAAAGCCCAGGCCACUAAAAUCCUCAUAAGCAGAGACAAGAGAGCGUUCGGUGUGAAGUUCAUCAAAAACAACGUGGAGCAGACAGCGUACGCCAAGCGGGAGGUUAUUUCUUCAGCAGGAUCCCUGAAUUCAGCACAGUUGCUUCUGUUGUCUGGAAUUGGGCCAAAAGACCACUUAGCGGAAAUGAAGAUUCCAGUCGUAUCUGACUUGCCGGUCGGAAACAAUCUUCAAGAUCAUAUAGGCCUUGGUGGCUUAACAUUCAUCAUCGACGAGCCUAUAUCAUUUCUAAAGAAACGAUUCCAGACAGUCGCUGUAGGAAUGGAGUAUAUACUGAACGAAAGAGGACCUAUGACUUUUACCGGCGUUGAAGGCGUUGCAUUUGUUAAUACAAAAUACCAGGAUCCGGCUGUCGAUUGGCCCGACAUUCAGUAUCACUUCGCCCCGGGAUCUGUGAAUUCUGAUGGAGAUCAUAUUCGGAAAAUUACAAAUUUGCGUGAAGGGGUCUACAAUACCGUCUACAAGCCAAUUGUUAACUCGGAGACGUGGACUCUUCUGCCGCUCUUGCUCCGUCCAAAAAGUUCAGGUUGGGUGCGUUUACGUAGCCGUAAUCCAUUGCAGCCUCCGAAAAUUGAACCCAACUACUUCUCGCAUCCAGACGAUAUGAAAAUUCUGGUUGAAGGAAUCAAGAUUGCCGUAAAUAUGUCGUCGACGGCAGCAUUUCAAAAGUUCCGAUCCAGACCUCACAGUAUUCCCUAUCCCGCGUGUCGACACUUGAAGUUCUUGUCGGAUGAAUACUGGGCAUGUGCCGUUCGACAGUUUACCUUCACCAUAUACCAUCCUACUGGUACUUGCAAGAUGGGUCCUAGUUGGGACGCGACAGCUGUGGUUGACCCCAGACUGCGCGUGUAUGGAAUUUCAGGACUUAGGGUUGUUGAUGCCGGCAUUAUGCCGACUAUUGUCAACGGUAAUCCAAAUGCUCCUGUGAUUAUGAUUGCUGAAAAGGCUUCGGACAUGAUAAAGGAGGAUUGGAAUGCGAUACGAAGAUGAGGAUAGGCAAGCAGAAUUGAUUGGGAAUCUAGUACCCUUCGUCGUCAAUUCUGCUACCGGGACCAGUGGAGGAAUGACUAAAUUUAACCCCUUUUUUCUUUUAGAAUGUAUUUAUUGCUGAAUACCUCUGUAAGGAUGAAACAAUUUGACUUUGGUGCCAGAAUAGAAAGAAAAUUGAAAACAUGUCCACCAGAAGACAACGAACCUCUGCAUUGUACAAUACUCAAUUUGAAUCGCUUUAUUUCGCGUCAUUAUGUUAUAAUAAUAUGCUCUGUGAAGGUUUUCAGUAUUUCGAUUUGACUUUCGUGUUUGUGGUUAGAUAAUAGAUGAAAAUUGUUGACUAAUUAUGUUAUUAUGUUCUAUCAAAUUGUUAUUAUUUAUUGCGUUAUGAUAUGUGUAUUUUUUAAAA